CUCUUUUCUCCCUCUCUCCUUUGAAAACUGAUCUUUGGCUCAUAGUGUGAAAGUGAUUUGAAUUUGGCUCGGCGGCGCUCUGCGCCUGCGCCCAGCCUCUGGCAUGCUGGCUCCUUCCAAGCAGCUGUUUUGGGUUUGAAAUUCCAACAUGGCAGAGGCUGCAGUCCGUCUUCCCUUCAAAAACUUGGAAUGAUUUCAAAUCAUAGGCACCUUCACUUAACCCUAGCUUCCAUUCAUCAGCAAACACAUCGGAUCGAUGCUACGCUAAGCUAUCGGGUUUUCGCUCCGCGAGUUCAGGUUAAAUGAAUACCUGACGAAAGGGCCCACGUUUCAAGGCAGUGACAUUUGAUAGCUGAGAGGAAAAGUGACUUUAAUGAAAAGCAACCUUUGGAAUUCCUGCUUGUGAGAAAUCCAAUUCAGCUUUUUGUGCUGCCAGCAAGAAAUGAUCAGUAGCACCAGUGUUUAUGGCUUGAAGAUGCAGUGGACGCCGGAGCACGCCCAGUGGCCCGAACAGCACUUUGACAUCACUUCCACCACUCGGUCUCCCGCCCACAAAGUUGAAGCUUACAGAGGUCAUUUGCAGCGCACCUACCAGUACGCCUGGGCAAACGAUGACAUAUCUGCUCUGACGGCAUCCAACCUACUAAAAAAAUAUGCAGAGAAGUAUUCUGGCAUCUUGGAAGGCCCUGUGGACCGACCCGUACUCAGCAACUACUCGGAUGCACCAUCAGGACUAGUGAAUGGUCGGAAGAAUGAAAGUGAACCCUGGCAGCCUUCCUUGAAUUCAGACGCUGUUUAUCCCAUGAACUGUGUUCCGGAUGUGAUCACCGCCAGCAAAGCUGGAGUCAGUUCAGCCCUCCCUCCAGCAGAUGUCUCUGCGAGCAUAGGGAGCUCUCCUGGGGUGGCCAGCAACCUGGCAGAACCUAGUUAUUCGAGCAGUACCUGUGGAAGCCACACUGUACCUAGUCUUCACGCAGGGCUCCCGUCUCAGGAAUACGCCCCGGGAUACAACGGCUCGUAUUUGCAUUCUACGUACAGUGGCCAGCCCGCACCCGCACUUCCGUCACCGCACCCUUCUCCCCUGCACAGCUCCGGGCUCCUCCAGCCGCCGCCGCCGCCUCCCCCGCCGCCGGCGCUGGUCCCGGGCUACAACGGGACUUCCAACCUUGCCAGUUACAGCUACCCCGCUGCGAGCUAUCCUCCGCAGACCGCUGUGGGGUCGGGGUACAGCCCCGGGGGGGCGCCCCCUCCUCCUUCAGCAUAUCUGCCUUCAGGAAUCCCUGCCCCCACACCCCUGCCCCCCACCACUGUAGCUGGCUACACCUACCAGGGCCACGGCCUGACGCCGAUCGCGCCCUCGGCGCUGGCAAACAGCUCGGCGAGCUCUCUCAAAAGGAAAGCUUUCUACAUGGCAGGGCAAGGAGACAUGGACUCCAGCUAUGGAAAUUACAGCUACGGCCAACAGAGGUCCGCACAGAGUCCUAUGUACAGAAUGUCCGACAGCAGCAUUUCAAACUCAAACCGGGGGAAUGGCUUUGACAGAAGUGCUGAAACAUCAUCCUUAGCAUUUAAGCCAACGAAGCAGCUAAUGUCCUCCGAACAGCAGAGGAAAUUCAGCAGCCAGUCCAGUAGGGCUCUGACCCCUCCUUCCUACAGUACUGCUAAAAAUUCACUGGGAUCGAGAUCCAGUGAAUCCUUCGGCAAGUACACGUCGCCCGUGAUGAGCGAACACGGGGAGGAGCACAGACAGCUGCUCUCUCACCCCAUGCAGGGCCCCGGACUCCGCGCAGCUACCUCAGCCAACCACUCCGUGGACGAGCAACUGAAGAAUGCAGACACACACCUCAUCGACCUGGUAACCAACGAGAUCAUCACCCAAGGACCGCCAGUGGACUGGAACGACAUCGCAGGUCUCGAUCUGGUAAAGGCUGUCAUUAAAGAGGAGGUUUUGUGGCCUGUGUUGAGGUCAGACGCGUUCAGUGGACUGACGGCCUUACCUCGGAGCAUCCUUUUAUUUGGACCUCGGGGAACAGGCAAAACGUUACUGGGCAGGUGCAUAGCUAGUCAGCUGGGGGCCACGUUUUUCAAGAUCGCUGGUUCUGGACUUCUCGCCAAGUGGUUAGGAGAAGCAGAGAAGAUCAUCCACGCCUCUUUCCUCGUGGCCAGAUGUCGUCAGCCCUCAGUGAUUUUCGUCAGUGACAUUGACAUGCUUCUCUCCUCUCAAGUGAGUGAGGAACACAGUCCAGUCAGUCGGAUGAGAACCGAAUUUCUGAUGCAGCUGGACACUGUGCUGACGUCGGCUGAGGACCAAAUCAUAGUGAUCUGUGCCACCAGUAAGCCAGAAGAGAUAGACGAAUCUCUUCGGAGGUACUUCAUGAAACGACUUUUAAUCCCACUUCCUGACAGCACAGCAAGACACCAGAUAAUAGUACAACUGCUCUCACAGCACAAUUACUGUCUCAAUGACAAGGAGUUUGCACUGCUCGUCCAGCGCACAGAAGGCUUUUCUGGGCUAGACGUGGCUCAUCUGUGUCAGGAAGCGGUGGUGGGUCCCCUCCAUGCCAUGCCAGCCACAGACCUUUCAGCCAUUAUGCCCAGCCAGUUGAGGCCGGUUACAUAUCAAGACUUUGAAAAUGCUUUCUGCAAGAUUCAGCCUAGCAUAUCUCAAAAAGAGCUUGAUAUGUAUGUUGAAUGGAACAAAAUGUUUGGUUGUAGUCAGUGAUAACUUCUUUAAAAAAAAAAAAAAAUGUGAUGAAUGUUGGCGCGCACACACACAUCAAACCUGCUACAUAGGGUAUAGAUCCCCUUUUCAGUAGUGUUUAAAUCGCAAAGGGUACUGGGGAAGAAGACGAUUAAGUUGCAUCUUUCGAGUCAGGGUAGAUUUGGAGGAAGAAGGCAUCCAGUGAGACCUUCGGAUGUGAAAGCCCCAGAUGACAGAAAGCAUCUGCCGAUGCUCAGUUCAGUUCAAGCUAGACAACACUCACCAAGGAGCAAGGUGCAAGUGUGUUGAUUUCAGAAGGACGUGAACCUCGUGUGUUGAUUCCAUUCUGCUGUUCUCGAGAUUUAGUUGCUGUCAAGUGCCUGGAGUGGUGCUUUAUUUUUUGUUUGCCUCACAAUUACAUUGGUGGCAUGUGCUAAUAUAAAGAGCUUUAACUUCAAACAUUAUUGGACUAAAGAGAUGAACGGUUGUGUUUCGACAGAAAACCAGAUUUUUGCCAUUUUAAGAGCAACAGUAUUCCUCAAUCCUGUCUGUUCUGCAGUAUUAAGCUAAGAACAGGUAAAACAGGGUAACGGUAAUCUGGACCUUAAUUUCUGCAGUUCAUUUCUUUUAAUGUUCUUGUCUGCAAAAACUCAGGAAAGUGAUUGUGUUUUGUACAGUACCUCAAAGGAAUGUGUUGAAAGCACUAUGUACUGCUGAGAGUAAUGGGAUAGGCUUCAAUGUUACUUUAUAUUAAAAUGUAUGUUUACCUCAA